AUGUGUCAUCAAAUUACAGAGUGUUAUUCGGCAUGUGGCUGUGUCUACUACAUUCAUGCUGUUGACCGCUGUGCCGACUUUGACCGGCCAGGUCACAGAGUCCAAAAACGCAAGAUCUUGGUCGGCUACGCCUGCUUCUCACACACUUCUUCUUACGCAUCAUCCCAUCCCGCUGACGACAACACGGAGAUCGAUACAGGCGACACCUCAGAUGAUGACGAUCACGCGUCUGUCUUUAGCGACAUUUCAGCUCCCUCAACAAACUUGACAUUUCCAGAUGACGCAAAGCAGGAAGCUGCCGAUAGAUUGUUCCAGGAAUUGCUCAACGAGUUCAGUCUCAGAUAUUUAUGGCCACAAAUUGUGAGAAUAUCUCAUCAUAAGGAUCAGGCUGUCAGAAAUAUCGCGAGAUAUCUGUCUCGUCUCUCUCGUGACUUACGAACCGAGGCAACCACCCGUCUGAACAAGGAUGCCGCAGGAUUCGUCCGUCUAGCUCGACUUACCAUUGCCGACCGUAUCGUGGAAUGCCACAUCAAUGAGCUUACUCAUGAGGACGACUGGGCUGUUAUUACGACGGCAAAAGAGACGCCUUCGGAUGAGAUCAUCGAAGGUGAAGAGAUAGAGGAUCUAGACACAGAUGAGAAAAACAUAGUUUACGAGAACGUCCAGCAAUUUAUCUUCGAGGGAGCACCAUUCCAAAGCUUCAUUCUGGCUUUGAGGUUAUUUGCGUCAAGGAACACCGAGUCAACGCAAGAGCUAGGCCACGAAACCAGGCAGUACUUCAACUUUCUAAUUCAAAAACAAUGGAAGGGACCUGCAGCACAUCAACGAACCCGUCUUUCUUGGUCAUGUCGAUGUGGCCAUAAGGGACAUGAUGAUUAUACUGGGAAGCGAACAGGCGCAAUCGAUGAGUUGCAAGUUUUGCUGCAAGACUAUGAGAAGAUGACUCUUGAGCUCGUCGAAAAUACCGGGCCAGGGUCGGUGAAGACGAACAUUUUGAAUCUGGCUUCCAGCAUCAGAACGUCAAUUUCCCGGUCAUUUUCAAAGGAGAACUCAGCAAACCUACCUUCCUAUAAUCAGGAAGCCGGGGGCCCAAAGUCUGGUGAAACCUGCCACAUAUCUUCCAACAUCGAAGCGUCAGCUUUGGACCCAAAGCAUAAGUUUCUCAUGAUAUGCGCCCCAUUUACGAGACGUGUUUCAAAGGCACAUCAGCCUGAUGUUUGCAAGAUUCACUCCGAUCGAGAUUUCUUCAAGACAUUACAACAUACUUACUCCGAUUGCCGAGGUGCUUCUAAAAGCCGUUGGCUGCGGCGCGUAUCAUCAAUAGACUUUGUCAAGUUUGAGAUAUUCCUUAGCGAGAUCGUCAACAUUCAACAGUGCCCUUCGCUACCUGGGAGUCAAGCGCGGAUAGAGUACGACUUCGAGCAAUGUGAUACCGACCCACCCAUUGGCCCCAACCUCUUAUUACAUCUCUUUGAAAACCCGGAUCACGCCGAGAGAGGCAACGCAAGGUUACGCGCACACAUGAAACGGUCGACUACAACUCGGAGAACCCGUCACCGUAGAGUUGCAGAUCGAGACCGCAAACGCGCUCCUCGUGCUUGCGACCGAUGUAAGAGCCGCAAGCAAUCGUGUGUGGAAACUGCGUCGGGUAUCUGCCAGCGAUGCCUGCGAGGCUUCUUUACCUGCCGCUUUGACAAGAAGCAGACAUCACCAGUUCCCACCGAGGAUACCCGGCCUAUGCAUGAAGUCGACCAUCUUGCCAAUGGGAAUGAGAUUCAUGCCAAUGUGCCGGAGACAGAUGUAGAGCUACCAAUAGAGGCACAUCCACGGCCACAAGCAGAUACAAGUGGAUAUGAUCUAAUAGCCAAUCCUGCUGCCUCCCAAGAGUCAGAGUCAGAGUCAGAGUCAGAGCCAGUCCGCCGCCCAUCAUUGCAGCACCAAAUUUGCCAACAUCAACCUCCAAACCAAGAUCAGCAUGACCUGCACAUCGCCACCGUCUCUCCCGAGGGAGCCACCUCCGAGAUGUUCAUGUGGCCCCGAUUUCUGUCCAAACUCCGUGGUGCAUUUGGCCUCGAGCCCCAGCCCGCCACUGUUACCCAAGAGCCUUACAUGACCCAGCUCCACGAACGCAUGUCCCAGCCUGCGUCAACCUCGCCAGCGCAUCUCCACCGACUUCAGGGCGUCAUCGACAGAUUCCCACCCAGAGAAGUCGCCAACUUCCUACUCUCCGUCUGCAUCCGAUAUGGCACUGACAGCUUCUACUACUUCAACCAAGUCACCUUUUCGGCAGAGCUGGAUAAUUUCUACACUGACCAAGGCUCGGCUUUGAGGCGGGAUGCUGGAUUCAUCUGUCUUGCGCUCGCCACCUUUGCCCUGGGAAGCCAAUGGACCAGACUAGCCAAGCCCGACGACCUCAGCGAAAGCCUAUCUCCAUCACAGGGGAGCGAUCCAGGGAGACUGUUCUACGAACUUGCCCGCACUUUGAUGGGCGAUAUCAUCGACCGUGCCUGUGUUAGGUCUGUCCAAGCCGCAUAUGUCCUCGGUGUAUACCUUAUGCCUGCGAGCGCUAUUGGGGCUUCCUACGUCUACAUGGGCCUAGCCUUGCGCAAGGCACUUGCAAUCGCCCUCCACCAGGAAUCGGAUGAUCACUCCCUUGGCCAAGAUGAACGCGAGGCCCGGCGACGACUGUUCUGGGCGACGUGUGCUCACAAACUCUGCAGGAUGAUCACUAUCAAGCUCAACAGACCGCGGUCGGUCUCGCAAGAUAUAAUAACCGUUGGUCUCCCACGGCCACUACCAAGGGACGUGGAUCAAAAGUUCAACAACGUUCAACAUCAGAUUGCAAACGCCCAGCUCACCAGGGUCAUGGACACUCUGGCACAGCCUGCUACGUGGUCAGAUCAUACUGAGCUUCCCCCUGAAAACUACGCUGUGACUCUCAAGUCAUGGAAGAGGUCGCUGCCUGCCGAGCUCAAGCUUGAGACAACCGAUCCCAGGUCAUCUAGCUACAGAGCAGUAUUUCACCUCUAUUUGAACUACUACUUUGCCUGGAUUGCACUGGGAAAGGUGUCGGUUGUCACAAUUGUGCGAUCACGGUUGCGUGGUGCGCAAUCCCCGUCUUCCGAACAGACUGCCAUCGACGAUCGCGUCGAGAGUCUAGCUUUAUCCUGCACCAAAGCUGCUAGAAAGAUGCUGAGUCUGUUCGAGCACCUCGGAUGCAGCAUUGCUACCAUUAUUAUGCUCCUUGCCGGCAUACUAGACAGAGGCCCAGAGUAUCGCAAGACGGUUGAUUUCGGGAUUGAGUGUCUCCGAAAAAUGGCCGGAGACAAUCUAACCGCUAGGACCGGCGUUAAAUUCGUCGAGGCUCUCCAGUCCAUCGCCGACGAAGCUUGGGCAAAGCUCGCGGCAUCACGGCCACCCGAAACCGAGAGUCUGCCUGAGAGCUCCACAGACUUACAGCCCUCCGACUAUGCACAAUGGGUCCGUUGGCUUGCUAGGGCGGAACAGCAAGGGGCUGCUUACCCACAUGAUGGUACGCCCCGACAAACUCAAAACCAAGAACCAACAGCCUACCAUUUUGAUUACACGGCAAGUCCAAAUCUUGACCCUAUGAUAGCAUCCGCUUUGCAACUCCAGGGCCUAUCAGCAUCUACGUAUGGUAUGUCACUCCAUUCAAAUGGUCUGGCUGAGUCAUCAGCGAGCUCAGCAUUGGACCUAUAUCUACCAUCAUCAGUGUUAAGUGACGACCAACUCUAUCUUAUGGGCCUCACGGGUAUGGAUGUUCUCGAUUUCACAACAGGGUCUGGAUAG